AUGUUCCACACGUUCGAAGGCUUCGAGAAUCCCGGAUUGUCGAAUCCGACCCGGGGACGCAAUCAGCGUCAGCCCUCGGUCGGCCGCCGAGUUACCACGCUUCGGGCCUGCACAUCUUGCCGACAUCGCAAAAUCAAGUGUGACGGUGAAAAACCCUGUGAAGCUUGCAGGUGGUACAAGAAGGCCGAUCAGUGCCAGUAUUCAGAUCCUCGUCCGUCUCGCAGACACGUGGAAAAGCUAUCCACGACAUUGGAUGAGUUUCGAGGCGUGCUCGAGAAGCUAUUCCCCGGAUUUCCAGCUGAAACCCUGGUGAACUUGCCACGCGAAAAGCUUUUAGAUUUGGUGGGCAAGGGUCCAUCGCAUGUGCAGACGCAGCCGCCACAUCCAGCCUCCCCAGCCACUUCUGCAUCAGCCGAGGCCCACACAUCCCCGGCCUCUAGUGAAGAUGGCAAUCUCGAGUCCCUCCAGGCAAUACCAGACCACACAAGCCACCUGCGCAAUUCGAGAAGCGCAGCGUUUCCGAGUGGCAUCUCGGACGAUGUCAAUGCAUUGUCCCUCUCGGCGCAGCAGCCAUCCUCAUACCUAGGUGUGUCCUCAAUACAUGCGGUGCUCAAGGUCAUUGUCUGGCUGGACCCGGGAUCUCUCACCCACCUUUCACGCACUCCAGCAUUUGGUGGCCGCAGAGGAUCCAUUGACCUCUCUUCUUCUCCAGAGAGCCAGACCUGGCCAGCGCAUGGGUUGCAGCAGCGCCUCGCUACACCGGAAUUUCGCCGCGCCUCGGAACCCCAAUUGCUUGACGCAUACUUUACAUACGUGCAGCCUUUUGUGCCAUUAUUGGAUGAACAAUCCUUUCGCGAGACCUACCAUAGUGGCAGACGAGCUGAUGAGCAAUGGCUGGCGCUUCUGAACAUUGUUCUUGCCUUGGGCAGCAUAGCAGCCUCUCCGGCUCGUGAUACAUCGCAUCAGACUUACUUUUUGAAGUGUAAGGAGUACAUCAACCUGGAGUGUCUGGGGUCUUCGCAAUUGGAGACCAUCCAGACUCUUGGUCUUAUGGGUGGCUAUUACCUCCAUUAUACGAGCCAACCCAACCUCGCAUAUGCUAUUAUGGGAGCAGCCUUGCGGAUGGCCGCAGCAUUGGGUCUCCACAAGGAACUCUCCGACAACCAAAAUGGAGGGAGCAGGCAGAAGCAAUCGUCCACCGACCAGAAACGCCGCGUGUGGUGGUCGUUGUUUUGUCUGGAUACGUGGGGCGGUAUGACCCUCGGGCGGCCGAGCAUGGGCCGCCUGGGACCGACCAUCACUGUCAAACUGCCCCAUUAUCGCGAGAAGGGGAAUGUGUUGGAUAUUCUGCCCCUCUUGGAAAAUGUGCGGUUCUGCAAGAUCGCCACUCAGAUCCAAGAGGUUCUGGCAGCGUCGCCGCUGACCAAGUAUCAGGAGAUGACACAGUUGGACAGCCAGUUGUUGGAGUGGUAUGAGAAUCUUCCUUAUAUCCUCAAGGAUCACGAGCCGUGUUCCGAAUCGAUCGCCUUCACAAGGACGGUGAUGAAGUGGCGCUACUACAACCAGCGCAUGCUUCUGUACCGGCCUACGCUCCUCAGUUAUGCGAUGCGUCGGGUUCCGUACAUUGUCCUUCGAUCGGAGGAGCGGAUGGCGAUUGAGAGGUGUAGGGAAAUUGCCGAGGCGACGAUCCAGGAUAUCGCUACCAAGGCUCAAGAUCAUCAGAUGUCAGGCUGGAAUGCAGUCUGGCUGAUUUUCCAGGCCGCCAUGGUCCCGCUGUUGGGACUUUUCCUCAACGACAGCACGGUCGAUGAUCCUCGAGCGACCGUUGAGGCAUGUCAGGCGCAGGUGGAGACGACGAUGCUCGUCCUUGCGCGACUGCAAUCGUGGAGUCCGACGGCAAAGUCCACGCUGGAGGCCGUUUCGCGAUUGUUUGACGCCAGCAAGCGCAACUCAGCGCUGACCAGUGCUUCUAGCAGCAUUGACCAUGGCAGCUGUUCGACGCUGUGUGAGGACGGUCUGCCUGGAACGGCCGGAGGUAUGCUAUCGCAGGCGGAAUUCGGGCGCGGGAUCAUGGUGAAUCUCGAGAAUGGAUUUCUGGAUCCGUUCGAACCUCCGUUCAUCGACGACUCGGCCGGGCAAUAUUUAUGGGAUUUUCUGAGCUGGAGCGACAACAACCUGUUGCAGGGGCUUGCAGAAAUGGACAAUGGGAAUGCUGGGAUGUUUGGCCUCGAGGAGAGACAUGUGAAAUACGGUGGAGACGCAAUUCUGCUGGGAGGCCAGCUGAAUGAGUCGACGUUCUUUGUGAAUCCCGCAGCACCGUUCUACUAG